AUGUCUUGCAUCUUUGGAGAUGGCUUAUUACCCAAGCCUGCCAUUGCACAGCGCAGGGCGCCCGCUCCUCCUGAUGCCUCCGGUUCCGAACCCUCGACCGAGGGCAAAGCAGCUCGUGUGCGUGCUGCACCUGCCAGCUUGUUUGAGAGAUCUUUUCAUACGAGAGCAGAUGUGCCAGUUGAGGACGAGGAAGAGCAUUUGUGGGUUUUAGCUAUCAAUAAGUGGUGCUGCAUCUUCACCCUUGCCAAUGAGGAUCCCGGUUCAGUCGGUGUGCAGGCUGCGCAGUGUUUGGUUGCAGAAGGUGAAAAGGCCAGGGACGAGUUGCUCAGGGACGUCUUCGGCCUGCGUUCGCCCCGUACGGCGAUCAAACGCGCCAAUGCUCUGUUGCGAUGUCUCAGGUGGCAUCAAAAGGAGAGAAGUGUUACAUGGCCGUGGGACAGAGAGUCUGUUACUGCCUUCGUGAAGUCACUUGGAGAAUCUUCAAGCGCGGUGAGCAGUCUCUUUGAGGCCAUCAAUUUCGCUCACCAUGUGAUGGAUGUGCCAUUCUGCGAUGAUCUGCUUAACGACCGACGGCUGCAGGGCAGGGCCCGGAGACUUGCGGGUGAAAAACCCGAGGUGAAACAACAGGAGCCCCUGAAAGUUGAGCUUGUGGCGAGGCUUGAAAAGGCUGUGGCUGGCGAGGCUCUUUGUGAUGUUGAUACAUAUGUUCUUGGGGGCGAGCUGUUCGCUCUUUACAGCAGAUCGAGAUGGUCGGACCUGAAGAAAGUUAAUUCGAUCUGGAUCGACUUCGAUGAUGCUGAUUGUACCUCAGGUUUCGUCGAAGCGAGGACAUGCGAGCAUAAGACCAGCAACACAGUGCGGACCAAGCGUCGAGCCAUGCCGCUUGUUGCACCCUUCCCAGGUGUGACCGAUGCCAAUUGGGUCAAGGCUUGGUGGCAGGCGGGUCAGAGGCUUGGGGUUGAUUGGUCGGUAGUGCCUUUUGGGCCCCUCGUGCGUGCCCCGGACAGCUCCGGCAAGCUGUGUAAGAGGAGGUGCACCUCCAGUGAAGCAGGCUCGAUGCUUUGCAAUGCCCUAGGCUUGGAAGGCGAGAGCCGUCGCACGUCUCAUGUGCUCAAAGGGACAACCUUGGCCUGGACAGGGAGACGGGGCUUUGGAGAGCGCGAAGGCCUUUUGCUAGGUCAUCACGCGACAGGUUCCAGUUCACUUGCUUGUUACAGCCGAGAGUUGCUGAGCGCACCGCUGAGGGCUUACCGUAGAAUGUUAUGGGAGAUACGCACAAACAUUUUCAAGCCCGAUGCAACCCGUUCGGGGUGGCUUGCCUCACAUGCUGACGAGAAUCUGCGUGCCUUUCGGGAUUCCUUCCUCGAUGACCCCAAGGAUGCAUGCCCCUUCGAAGCUCCGACCGUGCAAGCUGAGGGUCCUGCAGCUAGCGGGACGGGACAAGGAGAUGAUCUCGAUGAACACGGCGAGUUGGAGCACUACCGCUCACUCAACCGUGCCCCUGACUCAUCGGCAUUUGAGCAUGAUCCAGACUUCAGUUCUUGGGAUCGGGUUGAUAACGGUUCAGCAAGCCCACCUUCAGAACAUUCGCCGACGCCCGGGGAUUGUGCACCGUCUCCGAUUGUGCAUGCAAGUAGUGUGCCUGCGACACCUAUGCAGGAGGCUGCCUUGGCGCAGACGAGCUCAUCCUCCUCUUCGAGCUCUAGCUCUUCAGGUGACAGUGAAGAUGAGGAGCAGUUGGUUUCGAGUUGCGGAGUCAACCAGGACUAUGAGAUCAACGAACCUUGUUGGCAACACGUCAAAUCCAGGAUGUUGCAUCGAGCCCAGGGCGACCAGUCAGCAUGUAGGACCCGUUGUGGUCGACGGACGACCACGGUGUACAGGUGGCUUGAGGGUGCUUACUUUAAGUGGACUAGGUGCGCAGUGUGCUGGAAGGGAGAACUGCUGGACUCCCAAGGGGCUUUGGCCAACAAGCUCAAUGAGCUUAUGGAUCGUAGCUAG